GGAAACGGUUGGAGUGGAUCAUAAGACCAUUACACAGUUUCGGUGUUUUUUAUUUGCCUUUUAUGGACGCAAUAGGAUGAUAUUUUCCUUCCUUCCACCAAUGGAACAUGAACUUCUUAACCCAAAGAAAAACCCAAACAAGGAAGAAAAGCGUCAUUUCUCUUUUUUCUCACUCUGUUUUUCGGCUUCACCAGACUUUUUGCUUUUUGUUUCCGUCAUUUAUACUUUUGUUUUGUUCUUGGCCUUGUUUGCUAUUUCCAUCCCCUUUCUCUUCUCUCUCUCUCUCUCUCUCUCUCUCUCUCUCUCUUUAUCACCCAAACUCCUUAAUUAACCCACGUCGUACCUCCAAGGCGACGCAUGUUCGGACGGCCUCGAUCACGUUCACUAGGGUCCGCAUACAAGAAUUCAUAUCAUUCACAAUCUUAUCCACAGGGACAACCACUUACAUCCGCCCAUUCCUCACCUAUGCAGCAGGCCGCUUCGUCAAGUCAAGCCCAAGGUGGACCACCAACACCCGGGGGAGCACCCUCGGGCCAGCAUACAGAUCCUUCACCACAACCACCGCAAGGUCAAGCACCACCUCCACAGGCCCAAGCAGGAAUGCCGACCCCGUUCAUGGAACAAGGCUCAACAGGAAUUAUGGACACUCUCAAAAGAAAAGUACGAGAAGCCGCCGGAUUCUACAAUUCGGAUCCCUACGGUCAAGCGAGCCGAUACGCUGCUAUGGCCAUGCCGGCUAUGGCUUACGCAGCAGCUCAUCCAUCCAUGAUGCAUUCAGCGCGAGGCAUGGGACCAGAGGAACAAUACUAUCAGCAGCAACAACAACAACAGCAACAACAGCAACAACAAGCAGCGAUGAUGUUUGCUCAACCCAUGAUGGCCGCAGGACAGCCAAUGAUGGGAGGUGGCAUGGCGGGUAUGUAUGGACAACAAGCUAUGCAACCACAACAACAACCGUUUUACCCAGGAAUAAUGUCUCAACCGAGUACACCGUAUACCCCUGGCAUCGGCAUGUAUGGUCAGAGUAUGGGCUAUGGUCAGUCAAGCUACCAACCGUAUGGUGGCAUGGCGGGUGCGUCCAUGUACAUGUAUCCACAGCAGCAGCAUCCCAUGGGGAUGUAUGGUGCCCAAAAUCCUGCAAUAAUGUCCCAAUAUCCGCAAUCGUACCCUUAUAAUACUGGCAUGAUGGGUGGAGGCUAUCUCGAUCACUAUGGCUACGGAGCCGAUGCCAUGCAAGCGCAGUAUGGAUACGGACGGCAAGAGCCGUUAAUGACGCCGUACGGAUACCAGAAUCACGGAUACAAUCCCUACGGACACGGCGCUGCAAUGUAUGCUGUAACACCCUACGAUGGUUUUGGAAUGAAACGCAUGUUUGUUCCCGAGAGAAAUUAUGUUAGUUCUGUAAAAGAUCUUUGGCAAAGUGAUUUAAUGUAGUGAGAUACUCUUGCAAGUUAGUGAUACCAGAUAAUAUCAUGUGAAAUAUAAUACAAAAUAGACCGAAUUUAUUAAGCAGCAAAACG